GACAUUCAGCGGGCAGCAGAUUGGGUUAGGGAAGUGAAGACUGACUUUCGUUUCCCUCGCGGAACUUAUUAAUACCUGCGCCUUGUACAGCGGAAAGAGGAACCAACAGCUGCUGAAACCAACAGUGACAGAGAGACAGGGGGACAGGGGGACAGAGGUUGUGUUUGUGUCACUCGGGUGGACGCGAGGAACAUGAUGGAGGCCUCUGAUGAAGAGUUGGUCGGGGGUGCUGAUGAGCUUGCAGCACCUCCCAAUGGUGUCAUAAACGAACUGCUGAAUGUGGGGCAGCAAGACAACAUGCAGGGCGAGGUGGAGGAGUUUCUGGGCCCGCAAGCGGAGUACAACGAGGAGGAGGAAGAGAGGAAAUACUACAGAAGGAAGAGGCUGGGAGUCAUCAAGAAUGUUCUUGCAGCCAGUGUGGGAGCCAUGAUUGUGUAUAGUGUGUACAUGGGCCUACUGCAGAUGCAGCUGAUCCUCCAUUAUGAUAUGACCUACCGCGAGGUGAAGUACAGCAACCUCGGCCUGGAAGACAUCGAUCGCAAGAUGCUGAUGGGCAUUAACGUCACGCCCAUUAUUGGCUUGCUGUACACCCCCGUUCUUAUCAGGUUUUUAGGUACUAAGUGGAUGAUGUUCCUGGCUUCGGGAAUCUAUGCACUCUUUGUCUCAACCAAUUACUGGGAGCGGUACUACACCUUGGUUCCAUCAGCCGUAGCUAUUGGCGUGGCCAUUGUGCCUUUCUGGGCCUCCUUGGGAAAUUACAUCACAAGGAUGGCGCAGCAGUAUUAUGAGUACGUUAACUACAAGGCAGAGCAUGUGCAGGAGCAGAAGAAGCUCCCUAAGGGAGCGUGCUACAGAUACAUAAUCAUCUUCCAGUCAGUCUUCAACAUCAUCUUCCAUCUGAGUUUUGUCUUCGCGCAGUUCCCCAUGCGCUUCGUCCUCAACGGCCACCUGAAUGACAACCAACACAUUCUCUUCAACGUCAAAAGCUGCGGAGCAAAUAUCAGUGGAGUGAUCCCCGGCUUCAACACCACCGUGCUUACCAACCUGCCGCGCUCCAUGCUGCUCAUCCAGGUGGAGAGUGUCCUGAUGGGCUUCGCCUUCCUCGCCAUGAUCAUCUUCCUUGUGCUGUGUGGUGCUGCCUACCGGCCGACAGAAGAGAUCGACCUCCGCAGUAUUGGCUGGGGAAACAUCUUCCAGCUGCCCUUCAAACACCUGAGAGACUACCGGCUGCGACUGCUCUGCCCCUUCUUCAUCUACAGCGGAUUUGAAGUGCUGUUUGCCGUCAGCGGAUUCUCCCUGUCCUAUGGCGUCUGCAUUUUGGGCCUGCAAAAACUGUGGCUCCUUAUACUGGUCUACGGCCUCUCCUGCUCCAUCUUUUCGUCCCUCUGCCUUGGCCUCCUGCGCCUUCCACGCUGGGUGUGUCUGAUGGGGGGCGCUGCUGUGCAUGUCGUGCUGCUGGUGGUUCUCCUUUGCUUUUCACUGUGUCCACAUCCAGAUGAGAGAAGUACACAGUAUCUGGGCCCUCUGCUUGUGAUUAUAGCGCUGUGGGGACUCGGAACCGCCCUGAACAAGACGGGCGUUAGCAUUCUGCUCGGUAUGCUGUACGCUGAGGAAAAAGAACGCCUUGACUUUGUCUAUACCAUCUAUCACUGGUGGCAGGCCAUCGCCAUCUUCAUAGUCUACCUAUGGUCCAACCUGCCUAUGAGGGCCAAACUCUCCAUCCUGUUGGCCACUUUAUUGCUGGCCUGCUACUGUUACUGGGUGAUGGAGCGUCGGCUGGCCAGUAAAGUGCCUUUCAGACUGCCUCGCAUCCCUCGGCCACGACACAAGGUCAAAGGCUACCGUUACCUGGAAGAGGACAACUCAGAUGAGUCAGACUCUGAGAAGAGUGAGGAGGAUGACGAAGAGGACGGAGAGCAUGUGGUGGAGGAGAUGGGAGCCGAGGGCGGGGAGGAGGAGGGAGGCCAUGACGCAGAGGUCCAGGGAGCUGACUCACCCACAGCCAGGAGGAGAGGGACUGAGGGUCAGCGCCGCAGACAGGACCACGCUCACGGGAUGGAGGGAUGAGGGAAGAGCAUGAAAAGGAAGGAAAAAGGAGGGAUGAGUGAAGAGCGUGAGGUAGCGUGAGAGAUGAGGAAAAAGAUGGAGGGAAGAUUCUGGACAGAGGGAAGAGAAACAGAGAUGUGCUAGAUGCAUUUGUGCCCAUGAAGUUUUUCAUUCUGUUUUUUUCAGUUCAAUUAAUUCCCAAAAGAAAAAGAAAGGAAAAACCUAACUACCCUAACUCUGCCUAAGUAGUCCCAAGAUAUUUGUUCCUUCUGUCUAAGCAUUGGCGAGUGAAAUAGAUAAGAUGCAAUAAUCAUAAACCUAUAAUAAGUAUUAAUAACAGAAAUAAAAUGAAAGGGGCGCCCGGGUAGCAGUUGGUAGAGCGUUCCCGUAUAAAGAGGUUUACUACUUGACGCAGCGGCCGGGGAUUU